AUGAACAUUGACAGAUUGACAUUUGGGCUAGCACGUGGGGAACGUGAGAGCAAUAGUCGCCUAGAGAGGUUGGCCACCACUACAUCUUCAAAAUGGCGUAUACAGGACGUAUGCCUGCUAUUGAUAAUUAUGGUAGUCAAUUAUCCGGUGUAUUACCAGGAACCUUUUCAAAGGCAGUUUUCCCUGGAUGACAGAACCAUUUCCCAUCCAUAUGCGGAGGUAGAAAGAGUUAAUGAUGUGAUGUUAUUCAUAUACAGCUUUAUUGUUCCUGCUUUAUCGAUAUUCGUGGUUUGGCUUCUUUUUGCCGACCCUAGACAUAGAUACUACCUAAUAUAUGUUUCGAUGCUGGGUUUGAUAUUUGCUUGGUUUAGUUGUAGCCUGUUCACAAACUUCAUUAAGAAUUGGAUUGGAAGACUGAGACCUGACUUCUUGGCUAGAUGCCAACCAAGAUCAGAUCUACCAACCGAUAGGUACUACACUAUCGAUGAGGUUUGUACCACUGAAAAUUACGAUGUAUUGCUAGAUGGUUUCAGGACUACACCUUCUGGCCACUCAAGUGAAAGUUUUGCUGGCCUGGGCUACCUAUAUUACUGGCUUUGUGGUCAACUCCUUACAGAAAAGAAGUACGUAGGUCUAUGGAGAAAGACGUUAGCCUUAGUACCUCUAUUAAUAGCCUCUCUAAUUGCUCUAUCCCGUACUCAGGAUUACAGACACCAUUUUAUUGAUGUGAUCAUCGGGUCGAUCUUGGGGAUGGUUUUUGCACACUUUACUUACAGACGCUAUUUCCCAUCAAUUACUGACGAGCUACCGUUCAAGCCUUUGCUCGAUGAUUCAACAGUUGGCACCGACUUGUAUUCUAGCGCAAACGAAGAAGUCUCUUUACCAACAGUAUAA